CACUGCCUUUUCCUUUUUAUCAGUAUUUUGAUUUUUUUUCCAUCAUAUAAAUAGAACCCCACAAAAACCAAUUCUUGAAGCUAAUCCACAGCUUGUUAAUUAGAAUAUUCUUUUUGAAACUAAAACAUUGUCUAUGUGCUAUGUAAUGCUAAGUUUUCUCCGCAUUCAAAUCUAUUCCACAAGUUCAGAAGAUUUCAUAGACCAAACCAGCUGCAAAGAAUUCACUAUGCAAGAGGCUCAUAUGUUGCUCUUUUGCUGUGCAUUUGGGGAUGUGGACUGUGGACAAAGAAACUAACUUCUAAACUCAUUUCAAAGCUUUUUGAAGACAAGGAUACAUUAUGGGUCUCUGGACUGUUUUCUGUGGAGGUUCUAAUUGUUCAGACGAGGUUGAAACGAGUUGCAGUUCUGGUAUUUCAGCCAUUUUCUCUCCACAUUCAUGCAUCAACCACUUUUUGGUCACUUCUGUUGAUAUGCUGCUUUUGUUCAUUCUCUUAUUCUUUGCCAUUCGUAAAUUUUCCUCGAGAAAGACCGUGUCCUCCUCACAACCCCAAUUAGGCAUUUCUCCAUUGUCAAUUUCCUCUGCCAUUUUCAAUGGCGGUCUGGGUUUGGCUUACUUGUGCUUGGGGGUUUGGACAAUUAAAGAGAACUUGAAUGCGGAGAAGACCAUUUUGCCUCUCCAUGGAUGGCUAGGAGUGUUGUGCCAGGGGUUCGUGUGGUUAUUGUUAAGUUUAUCGUUGAGCCUUGAGAAACGACAAGCUCAAGUUAUCCCAUUACGAAAGCUUUGUUUAAUUCUUGGGUUCGUGCUAGCAGGAUUUCUCUGCGUUGCAUCUGUGAGGGAAUCAAUUGUGGACAAACUAGUGUCUGUCAAAAUGGUAUUAGACAUGCUGUCGUUUCCUGGAGCGAUUUUACUGUUGUUUUCUGCAUUUAAGGGACACAUUUAUGCAGAAAAUGAAGGAGACAUUAGUCACCAUGCCUUGUAUAGACAUCUGAAAGGUGAAGAAACUGAUUUCAUUGGUACAAUUAAUUCAAAGGGCAAUAAUGAAACUCCUUUUGCCACUGCUGGAUUACUUAGUAGAAUGUCAUUUUGGUGGUUGAAUUCAUUAAUGAAGAAGGGUAAAGAGAAAACUAUUAAGGAUGAAGAUAUUCCACAUUUACGGAAAGCGGAUCAAGCGGAGACAUGCUACUUACAGUUUAUGGAACAACUGAGUAAAUCGAAACAAAGCAAUCUGUUGGCAAUACUCUUCUGCCAACGCAAAGCUAUUUUAAUUUCUGGAUUCUUUGCAUUGACCAAGAUACUCACACUGUCUACUGGCCCGAUGUUUCUUUAUGCGUUCAUUAGGAUUGCUGAAGGGGGAGAAACUUUUAAAUACGAGACCUAUGCCCUGACUGCUGGGCUCUUCCUUGCGAAAUGCUUAGAAUCAUUGUCGGAGAGGCAAUGGUACUUCCAAACUAGACUAAUUGGACUCCAAGUAAGAUCUUUGCUAUCCGCAGCAAUUUAUCAGAAGCAACUCCGACUCUCAAAUGCUGCUAAGACAACUCAUUCUCCUGGCGAGAUAAUGAAUUAUGUCACAGUAGAUGCAUAUAAAAUUGGUGAAUUUCCAUAUUGGUUUCAUCAGAUAUGGACAACAGGCCUACAGAUAUGUCUCGCCUUGAUUAUUAUUUACUUAUCUGUGGGGUUGGCAACUAUUGCAGCCCUUAUAGUAAUAAUAUUAACUGUGCUUGGAAAUUAUCCAGUGGCCAAAUUGCAGCACAAUUAUCUGACAAAGAUCAUGAUGGCACAAGACGGGAGGCUAAAGGGUAUCACAGAAGCACUAGCAAACAUGAAAGUUCUGAAGAUGUAUGCUUGGGAGACACAUUUCAAGAAUGUUAUAGAACGGCUUAGGAAAGGAGAAGCCGACUGUUUAUCUGCAGUUCAGUCACAAAAGGGUUACUAUAUAGUUCUAUUUUGGUCCUCUCCAAUCAUAGUAUCAGUUGCUACCUUUUGGGCAUGCUACAUGCUCGGGAUUCCUCUCAAUACUAGUAAUGUUUUCACAUUUCUUGCAACUUUGCGUAUUGUUCAGGAGCCAAUUCGGUUAAUCCCUGACGUUGCUGGAGUGUUCAUCGAAGCAAAUGUUUCAUUUACUCGGAUUGUGAAGUUUCUCGAGGCACCUGAACUGCAGAACAGGCAUAUCAACAAAAAUAGCCAUGGGGAGGAACGUGAGCAGUCUGUAGUUAUCGAUUCCACCAGAAUUUCAUGGGAUGCUGAUUCUUUAAAGCCCACUCUGACAAACAUAAAUUUGAUAAUUAAGUGUGGGGAGAAGGUAGCUAUAUGUGGAGGAGUUGGCUCAGGUAAAUCAACCCUUUUAGCCACAAUUCUCAGAGAGGUUCCAUACACUGAUGGCAUUGUUCAAGUUUAUGGCAAGAUUGCAUAUGUUUCGCAGACAUCAUGGAUUCAGACUGGGACUAUACAACAAAAUAUUCUCUUUGGAUCUGCCAUGGAUGAAUGCAGAUACCAACAAGUACUUGAAAAGUGUUUUCUAGUAAAGGACCUUGGGAUGCUUCCGUUUGGUGACGGCACUGUUAUAGGAGAGCGAGGUGUAAACCUCAGUGGUGGGCAGAAGCAACGAGUCCAACUUGCACGUGCUCUAUAUCAAGAUGCAGACAUAUAUCUCUUGGAUGAUCCGUUCAGUGCCGUUGAUGCUCAUACUGCAACUGGUUUAUUUAAUGUGCCUAACUCUUGUCUUACUGAAAUUUAUGUUACUUCUAAAAUGGCUUUUCAAUUCAAAGCUAACAUGGGUUAUGAUCAGGAAUAUGUCAUGGGAGCUCUGUCAGGGAAGACAGUCUUGCUGGUGACCCACCAAGUCGACUUCCUUCAUGCGUUUGAUUCUGUUUUGCUAAUGUCUGAAGGGAAAAUACUAAAAGCAGCUACCUACAAUCAGUUGCUAGCUUCUAGUCUAGAGUUUCAAUACCUUGUCAAUGCACACAAUGAUGCUGCUUUUUCUGAGAAACAUGGUAUCAAUGGUUCUCAACAAAGAUCUAAAACCCCCAAAGAAGAGAUUCAGAAAACUUAUACCCAGGAACAGUUAGGAGAACCUGUUGGAGACCAAUUGAUCAAGCAAGAAGAAAGAGAAAUAGGAAACACUGGUCUCAAGCCUUACCGGCAAUAUCUGAAUCAGAGCAAGGGUUUCUUGUACCUCACCUUGGCAAUUAUAUCCCACCUCAUGUAUCUUGUUGGGCAGUUGGUACAGAAUCUUUGGUUGGCUACUGAGUUGGAUGAUUUUAAUUUAAGCAGAUCGAAACUCCUCAUGAUAUACUUGGUGAUUGGGUGUGGCAUGUCACUCUUCUUGGUCCUUAGAUCUUAUGUAGUAGUGGUUUUAGGUCUCAGGGCAUCGAAAGCUAUUUUUUCUAAGCUAAUGACAUCUCUUUUCCGAGCACCAAUGUCCUUUUAUGACUCAACACCCCUGGGAAGGAUCCUCAGUCGGGUGUCUUCUGAUAUGAGUAUCGUGGACCUUGAAUUGUGUAUGAGAUUAAGUAUGACGCUAGCAUCAACAAUGACCACAUACUUCAGCUAUGGAAUAUUGGUUUUUCUUACCUGGCCUAUGUUGUUUGUCAUUAUACCCACGGUGUAUGCAACCAUACUGUUACAGAGCUACUACUUUGCUUCUUCAAAAGAGUUGAUGAGAAUCGAUGGCACAACUAAGUCUUCGGUAGCAAGCCAUAUUGCUGAAUCCAUUGCAGGUGCAACGACCAUUAGAGCUUUUGGAGAAGAAGAUCGAUUCUUUGCAGAGUUUUUACACCUUAUUGACACAAAUGCAAGUCCAUUCUUCCAUAGUUUCUCAGCAAACGAGUGGUUGAUUCAACGUCUGGAGAUAAUAUGCGCAAUUGUUCUGUCAUGCUCAGCACUUGCCAUGACUUUGUUUCAUCUUGGAGCUUCUGACUCAGGAUAUAUUGGCAUGGCUCUGUCAUAUGGUCUUUCAUUGAAUAUCUAUCUCGUUUCUGCGGUCCAAUGCCAGUGCAUACUAGCAAAUUUGAUCAUUUCUGUAGAAAGGUUAGAACAGUACAUGCACAUACCUAGCGAAGCCCCUGAAAUAAUUGAAGCUUACCGUCCUGCAUUCAACUGGCCAUCUAUUGGUAAAGUGGAGAUCCGUGAUUUGAAGGUACAAUAUCGGCCCAAUGCUCCUCUAGUUCUGCACGGUAUUAGCUGCAUAUUUGAAGGAGGACACAAAAUUGGAAUUGUUGGAAGGACAGGUAGUGGGAAAACAACUCUGAUCAGUGUGUUGUUUCGCCUGGUAGAGCCUACAGAGGGAAUGAUUGUUAUAGAUGACCUCAAUAUAUCUAAUAUCGGUCUUCAUGACCUCAGAUCACGCUUUGCAGUCAUUCCACAAGAUCCAACUCUUUUUAGCGGAUCUGUCAGAUACAAUCUAGACCCCUUAUCAGAGCAUACUGAUCAUGAAAUAUGGGAGGUAUGUUUCUAUAAGAUCCUAGAAUUGACUAAGAUAUAUUUUACUCAAACAUUUCAAAAAGCUUCUGUUUUGAAGGUUCUUGCGAAGUGUCGACUUCGAGAGCUUGUUGAGAAGAAAGAAGAGGGCUUGGACUCAUUAGUUGUGCAAGACGGAUCAAAUUGGAGCAUGGGACAGCGACAGUUAUUCUGUUUGGGGAGAGCACUGUUGAAGAGAAGGAAGAUAUUAGUGCUUGACGAAGCCACGGCCUCAAUUGACAAUGCCACUGAUUCUGUAAUCCAGAGAACAAUAAGAACAGAAUUUGAAGACUGCACUGUAAUCACAGUGGCCCAUAGAAUACCAACCGUGAUGGACUGCACAAUGGUGCUUGCUAUUAGCGACGGAAAACUAGUAGAGUAUGAUCAGCCAAUGAAGCUCAUGAACAAGGAGGGGUCUCUCUUUGGACAGCUUGUGAAGGAGUAUUGGGCUCAUUCCAACAACAAUGCUAAUGGAUGCUCAGAAGAUUGCUAGAAAUGAGGUUUUUUGCUUAUUGAAAUUUUGAUUUCAGGACAUCAUGAUUUUUCUGUCAAUUUUGUUGUAUAAUCAAUUCAUAAUGUAAUGUAUUGUAUUGUAUUUUAUUUUAAGAAAAAAUGGACUAUCCAAUCUAUGCAAAGAAAUUGAGAAACAUCAUAAUUUUGUCAAAA